GGCCAGGCAGAUCAAAUCGUUGUUGCAACAAUUUUCUGGACAAUUCUAAAAGGGAUGCUCUCUUUUCUGUACCAAACUUUGACUGUGUAACUUGUCUUCCGACCAUAUCUUCUUGAUGACACCAGAUACCUGUGUCUUAGAUCAGAUUUUGAUCUGAAGGAAGUUCUAUCAUCAGAUAAAACUGAGCUACAUGUAGUAGCUUCUGAUAUUUAGAGUUUUUGGUAAUUUGCAUGGCAGAAUACCCCCUUCUCUUUAACUGGAUGUCGGCAUUGCACUUCAUCAUCACUUUGUAAAGUAGCUGUUACACUGAAGGGUUUUAGGGGAUUUACUCUCCUCAAUUUCUUGAUAAUCUGGAGACAGACGACUUUACUCCCCAUAUCAACUGUGGCUGUUUACCUGCAAACUUAUAUUCUCUUUCUGUCUCUGAAGCAGUCAGUUGUGUUCACAACUGGAAGGUUGUAGGGGUUAACUCUCCUCAAAAUCUUGAUAAUCUGAAGAAAAUAAGACGACCAAUAAACCAAGAUGUCUUACAUGCUUAGCCAUCUCCACAACGGCUGGCAGGUCGACCAGGCCAUCCUCGGCGAGGAGGAUCGCGUCGUCGUCAUCCGCUUCGGUCACGACUGGGACCCGACGUGCAUGAAGAUGGACGAGACGUUGUACAGGAUCUGUGACAAGGUGAAAAACUUUGCUGUGGUGUACCUCGUUGACAUCACAAAAGUGCCGGAUUUUAACAAGAUGUACGAGUUGUACGACCCGUGCACUAUGAUGUUCUUCUUCAGGAACAAGCAUAUAAUGAUUGAUCUGGGUACCGGUAACAACAAUAAGAUCAACUGGGCUAUAGACGAUGAACAGGAGGUUAUUGAUAUUGUGGAGACAGUGUACAGGGGCGCGAGGAAAGGGCGUGGUUUGGUUGUGUCACCCAAAGACUACUCUACCAAAUACCGUUAUUAAUGUCCUCUACCGCAUCUCUGUUGCCAACAGUUCGGAUUUGUGGAUGGCAGCAAUUGAGAACACGUUGGUUUGGAAAUGAAUACUGGCAGGUGCCAUGCCUUCAUGUAACAUCAUUCCUCAAACAUUUUCUUAUGACUUUCAGCUACUCCAGAACUGCAAAGCUUUGGUAAAUUUGUUGAUGGAUUUUGUAGAGUAGGGUUGCGGGCUGUCACAUAUUGAAUCAAAUGUACAGUGUACAGUAUCGCACCGAUCACCUGGGGAGCAGUUCAUCAACAUUUUCGUCCGACAAGUCAGAUCUGACAACUUUCCUUGAUUACAUACUGGAUGAUCGGCACUGUGAGAGGCACUGUUAACAUAGGAACUGUCAGAUAAAACAGUACUUGUCUGAUAAUAGAUCUUACAAGUCCUUUUGAAUGAUGAAACGCUCCCAGGAUUUAUCUCAAGAUACACUGCAGUAAACUCUCCAUAUUUGACCUUCAAUAAAUCAAGUAAGCCUAUAAAACUCAAGGCAUUAUUUCAAACCAGAAUAUGCAAAAUGUCUCUCCAAUUUUAUGAAGUGCAACAGCUUUCUGUGUUAUCAAGAAACUCAACUUGGGUAGUGUCACCUGUGUGUCGUUCAGAUUUAAUUAUGUCUCAGACACUCUUUGCAUUUAUGUACAUGUAGUAUGUUUUAGUGUUUUUCUAGCUUUCUUGUUUAUGGCACUCCUGGGGUCCAUUGCAAAAAGAGUGCAUUUAAACGCAAGUAAAAAAAUCAAUCGCAAGU